CCACGUACAACCCUUUCUCUCUCCUUUAAAACCAAGAAAGCCAUUAACUUCUCCCAUUAGACAAAGAACAAAAGAAUCGUAAAUAUGUCAAACCCAUCUCUUUCAUCCAUAUUUUUUCUACUUCUCCACCACAUCAAACCCAUAUCUUGAAUACAUGCACCAGAUCCAAGAAAAGGAAAGACCAAAGAGGAAUCAUUUACUAUAUACAUCAUCUGAUCUUUCCAUCUAUGGGGGCGGCUUCAUCGAGCAUCUCCGGAUCCGAACCUUUUGGCAGAAAAUUAUGCGGCCUCGAAGACGUGCCUGAGAACUGUAUAACGGCAAUGUUCAUGUACAUGGACCCACCAGAGAUCUGCCUACUGGCGAGUGUAAACAAGUCUUUUCAUAGGGCGUCGAGAUCAGAUGCGGUGUGGGAACACAAGCUUCCUUGUAACUACAAGUUUCUUGUCAGAAGAAUUCUUGAAGAUCAACAACAAGUAGGAGAAAAAGACAAACUUAUCAGACGCAAGAAAGAGAUCUAUGCAAGGCUUUGUCGACCAAACCUCUUCGACGCCGGCACAAAGGAAGCAUGGUUGGACAAGAGAAGUGGGAAAGUGUGUUUGGCGAUAUCACCAAAGGCAAUGAACAUAACCGGCAUCGAUGAUCGCCGAUAUUGGGAACAUCUUUCUUCCGGCGAAUCCAGAUUUGGUUCGAUAUCUUAUCUCCGGCAAAUAUGGUGGUUAGAAGCAGUUGGAAAUAUCAAAUUCGAAUUUGCACCCGGAAAAUACAGUAUACUUUUCAAGAUACAACUAGGCAAACCUAUUAGAAAAUGUGGGAGGAAAACAUGUAAUUUGGACCAAGUUCAUGGUUGGGGCAUCAAACCGGUCAGGUUUCAACUGUCCACGUCCGACGGCCAGUGUGCUAUGUCCGAACGACAUUUGGAGGAAUCAGGGAGGUGGGUUUAUCACCACGUGGGUGACUUUGUCGUGGAGAAUGAGAACUCACCAGUUUGGGUCAAAUUCUCUAUGCUUCAGAUAGAUUGUACACAUACCAAAGGUGGGUUGUGUUUAGAUUGUGUGAUCAUAUGCCCAUCUGAGUAUAGAGGGAAAUAUACAUUUUUCGAUUAAAUUUUUUGAUUUUUUAUAUUAGUUUUUAGGAUAUUUUUUGUCAGUAUAUGUAAAGUAAUAUACUUGUGCAAAUUUUUGUAUUAAGCAGAUGUAUAGUUCUAAAUUGACAAUGUAAAGAUGUGCAUGUAUGUAAUAAUAUAUGUGAUGAGUUUUGGCA